AUGCUGCCAGCAGCUCCCAGCUGCUGCCUGGCAGCAGCAAACGCCCUCAUGGGCCGCUUUGCUGCGCGCCACCGCCGCUUCUUGACCCCGAGGGCCUUCAGCAGCAGCUCGCUCGGGCCCGCAGCAGCUGCUGCUGCAGCUGCUGCUUCUGCUGCUCCUUACGCGCCCGACGGCCACCACGCCGCAGACAAGCACCCAGCAGCAGCAGCAGCAGCAGCAGCAGCAGCAGCAGCAGGCACUCCGCGCAGGGAGCACGUCGUGGUCUUGGGCACCGGCUGGGCCGCCGUCAGCUUCGUCCGAAACCUGGACCCGAACAAGUUCGAAGUGACGGUCAUUUCGCCUCGAAAUUAUUUCACCUUCACUCCGCUGCUUCCCAGCGUCUGCGCCGGCACCCUCACUCCCCUCAGCUGCAUUGAGCCCAUCAGGGGCUUCUCCCGAGACCGCAACGGCCGCCGCCUUUUGAACUUCUACGAGGCGCACGCGACGGACAUUGAUUUUGAAAACAAGAGAGUUUCAACAUCGCAGCAAGAGAGGGAGCGGCUGCUGCACUUCGUGGUGGUUGGGGGGGGCCCCACAGGUGUAGAGACAGCAGCAGAGUUUGCAGACUUUAUAAGAGAAGACAUGAAGCGGAUUUUCCCUGAACUGAUGCCCCACGUUGCAAUAACCCUGGUGGAGGGGGGCCCCCGGCUGCUGCCUACAUAUGCCCCAGAGAUCAGCAGCUACGCGCAGCAAGUGCUGCAGCAAACCCUCAAAGUGCGGCUGCUGCUGCAGCACCAAGUUGUUGCUGUUGGCGAGAAAACCCUCACCUGCAGGAGACUCAGCGGCGGCAGCAAGCAGCAGCAGCAGCAGCAGCAGCAGCAGCAGAACAAUGAGGAAAAAGUAAUUCAGCAGGGCUUUGUGCUGUGGGCCAGCGGCGUGGGCCAAGUGCCUCUGGUGCGCAAGCUGCUGCAGGAGCGGCUGCCGCCCCCCCCCAGCAGCAGCAGCAGCAGCAGCAGCAGCAGCAGCAGCAGCAGCAGCAGGGGGGGCCUCAGGGCCCUUCCUGUUGAUGAACACUUGAGGGUUUAUGGUGCUGCUGGCGUUUUUGCUGCUGGCGACUGCGCGCUGCUGCUGCCGCGGCGUUUAGCUGCUGAGACGGAUGCGCUGUGGACUGCUGCUGGCAGCUGCGACGUGAGCCUCUCCUGGCUGCAGCAGCAGCUGCCGCAGCUGCAGCAGCAAUAUCCCCAAUUGAAUCCUCUGAAGUUUGAUUUGAAAAAAGAAAAAGAUGAAGGGCCUUUAACGAAGCAGCAGCUGCAGCAAUUGCUGGAGCGCAUUGACGCGGCCUACCGGCCCCCCGCGCCCACGGCUCAGAACGCGCGGCAGGCGGGGAUUUAUUUGGCGCGGAAGUUCAACUCGGGUGGGGGCCCCGCGUUUAGCGAGGAGUGGAAGGGUUCUUUGGCUUACGUCGGUAACCACAACGCGGUGGCGCAGCUGCCUGGGUAUAUUGUCACUGGGGGUUUCUUCUCCUUGCCUCUGUGGAAGGCCGUGUACGUGCAAAUGCAGCUGACGUGGCGCAUCCGUUUGAUCUGCUGCUUCGACUGGCUGCGGACUCUUUUUGCUGGGCGAGAUGUGGGGCGGGAGCACAGCUAUUACAAGUAG